CACACGUUGCGUCGCUAUAGAUCGUGGAUACGAAACCGAUCAUCGAAUUCAUGUGGAGCGAUUUUCAGUUACUCCUUUCUCAUUAAACUCAAAACAUAUUUUCAUCGUUUUCCCUUAGCCUUAUUUUUGCUACGUACGAUUAUUUACCGUGGGCGAGUUUUUUUUUCAUAAAAUGAGUUGGUAAACGGCAAAGAGGAUAAGAAGAGGCAAAUCGCGGCCACUCGAUUUCGCGAGGAUGUACAGCUGCGGAGGGAUCGUGGCCUGUGCCCUGGUGCUUGCAGCAACUGCUUUACAAGCUAUACAGGCACAAACAGUCGAUGGCGGACGAGAACUGAUUCUUGAUAUUAGCGACGAUCAGAAAUCACAGUACCUAAGUCAAGACUUCGGUUCAAAUACGUAUGACUAUGGAUACGAAGUACAACCGAAUGGACAGUUCCACCAUGAGGUCCAUGGGCCAGAUGGGGUUACCUACGGAUGUUAUGGUUACGUUGAUCCCUUGGGAAAUCUAAUGGCCACAUUUUAUUUGAGUGAUGGGUGGGGUUAUCGAGUAGUCCAUCCAGGAGAUAAGGUGGAAAUAUUUCUACACGAGCAUGAAAUCCAUGAGGAUGAUCAUGAACAAAGCAGUGGAACAGCCGGCGAGCAUGAACACGAUCAUCAUGGAAUUCUGACAGCAUGGCGAGAUUUACAUUUUCCCCCUGAUUGUGGUCAAUUUGAAAGUACUGUUGUAAACCCGGCGAUAUCCGGAGUCGCUACAUCUGAACGUAAUGUGAACACAUAUCUCGAACUCACAGAACCCGGGGGCAGCACAUCAAAUGAAACAGAACAUCCAAAACCGACUGAUAAUAAUCCAAGUAUAGCUGGGACCCCAGAAACGACGGGGAGCUCAUCUCUUAGUGACUUCGAGAAACCGGAUCGUCCUGAUCGACCGGGGAGUGUGGGGAAACCAGGUCAUCUGGGAACACCUGGAAAACCGGGACAUUCAGAAGGGCCGGGAACGCUUCCCCAACCAGUAUACCCUGGAAUAUCGACUCAACCAGACUAUCCAGAAGGGAACGAACCUCCAGGAAGUCUUUCGACACCAGAUAGUCCUGGAAAACCAUCCAGACCGGGACAUCUAGGAAGACCACCAAAACCGGGUCACACAGUGAAACCUCCAAAGCAUGGUCAUUUAGGAAGACCACCAAAAGAAAGACCUCAUAAACCGAGUCAUUCAGGUAGGCCACCGAAACCCGGCCAUGCCGAGAGACCACCUAGACCGGGCCAUGGAGAGAAACCUCAUCAUUCAGGACAUCCUGGAAAACCUCCAAAACCUGGUCACACACAUAAGCCUCCUAAACCAGAACAUUCAGAUCGUCCUCCGAAGCCAGAAAAUACAGGUACACCGGUGCAGCCGAUUAGUCCAGGAUAUCCGGGUCAGCCAGGUUAUCCAGGUACUCCAGCUCGACCAGGCUAUCCAAGCACUUCUGCACAGCCGGGUUAUCCAGGAAAUCCAGUUCAACCAGGUUAUCCAGGCAGUUCAGGACAGCCAGGUUAUCCUGGAAUGCCAGCACAACCAGGAUAUCCGGGCACACCAGCACAGCCAGGCAAACCAGGAACUCCGGCUCAACCAGGUUAUCCAGGCAGUCCGGGACAGCCAGGUUAUCCUGGUGUGCCAGCACAGCCGGGCUACCCAGGAACACCGGUACAGCCAGGUACACCAGGGAUACCUGGAUACCCAGGAACUCCAGCUCAACCAGGUUACCCAGGAACUCAAACUCAACCAGGUUAUCCGGGAACUCCAGUUCAAUCGGGUUAUCCAGGCAGUCCAGGACAGCCGAGCUACCCAGGAACACCUACACAACCAGGAUAUCCGGGUACACCAGCACAGCCAGGUAGUCCGGGGUCACCUGGCUAUCCUGGAUACCCAGGCACAUCAGCUCAACCUGGCUACCCAGGAACACCGGCGCACCCAGGAUAUCCUGGAACUCCAGGUCAGCCAGGUACACCAGGGACAACUGGCUACCCUGGAUACCCAGGCACACCAGCUCAACCUGGCUACCCGGGAACACCGGCGCAUCCAGCAUAUCCUUCAACCCCAGGUCAACCAGGAAAACCGGGAACUCCGGGUCAACCAGGCAAACCCGGAACUCCAGCUCAGCCGGGUGCUCCGGGGACACCUGGCUAUCCCGGAUAUCCAGGCACACCAGCUCAACCUGGCUACCCAGGAACACCGGCACACCCAGGAUACCCAGGCACCCCAGCUCAACCAGGAUAUCCAGGAAACCCAGCCCAACCAGGUGAACCCGGAACUCCCCCUCAGCCGGGUACACCAGGGACACCUGGCUACCCAGGAACUCCAGGUCAGCCUGGUACACCAGGGACACCAGCUCAACCUAGCUACCCAGGAACACCGGCACACCCAGGAUACCCAGGCACUCCAGCGCAACCAGGAUAUCCAGGAUUCCCAGCCCAACCAGGCAAACCCGGAAUUCCAGCUCAGCCGGGUACACCAGGAACGCCAGCUCAACCUGGAUACCCAGGAAUACCGGCGCACCCAGGAUAUCCUGAAACUCCAGGUCGACCAGGCAAACCCGGAACUCCGGGCCAGCCAGGCAUACCAGGAUCUCCAGGUCACCCAGGUACACCAGGGACGGCUGGCUACCCUGGAUACCCAGGCACCCCACCUCAACCUGGCUACCCAGGAACACCGGCUCAACCAGGAAAACCAGGAACCCCAGUCGAACCAGGCAAACCAGGAACUCCAGCUCAGCCGGGUACUCCGGGGACACCUGGCUACCCAGGAAUACCGGCGCACCCAGGAUAUCCUGGAACUUCGGGCCAGCCAGGCAAACCCGGAACUCCCGGUCAGCCAGGUACACCAGGAACACCAGCUCAACCUGGCUACCCAGGAACACCGGCACACCCAGGAUACCCAGGCACUCCAGCUCAACCAGGAUAUCCAGAAAACCCAGCCCAACCAGGUAAACCCGGAACUCCAGCUCAGCCGGGUACACCAGGGACACCUGGCUACCCAGGAACUCCAGGUCAGCCAGGUACACCAGGAGCAUCAGCUCAACCUGGCUACCCAGGAACACCGGCACACCCAGGAUACCCAGGCACUCCAGCUCAACCAGGAUAUCCAGGAUUCCCAGCCCAACCAGGCAAACCCGGAACUCCAGCUCAACCAGGAAAACCGGGAACUCCAGGCCAGCCAGGCAAACCAGGAUCUCCAAGUCAGCCAGGUACACCAGGGACACCUGGCUACCCAGGAUACCCAGGAACUCCAGCUCAACCUGGCUACCCAGGAACACCGGCCCACCCAGGAUAUCCUGGAACUCCAGGUCAAGCAGGAAAACCAGGAACUCCGGGCCAACCAGGCAAACCCGGAACUCCAGCUCAGCCGGGUACUCCGGGGACACCUGGCUAUCCGGGAUACCCAGGCACACCAGCUCAACCUGGCUACCCAGGAACACCGGCCCACCCAGGAAAUCCUGGAACUCCAGGUCAAGCAGGAAAACCAGGAACUCCGGGCCAACCAGGCAAACCCGGAACUCCAGGUCAGCCAGGUACACCAGGGACACCUGGCUACCCUGGAUACCCAGGCACUCCAGCUCAACCAGGAUAUCCAGGAUUCCCAGCCCAACCAGGCAAACCCGGAACUCCAGCUCAACCAGGAUAUCCCGGAUUCCCAGCCCAACCAGGCAAACCCGGAACUCCAGCUCAACCAGGAUAUCCAGGAUUCCCAGCCCAACCAGGCAAACCCGGAACUCCAGCUCAACCAGGAAAACCGGGAACUCCGGGCCAGCCAGGCAAACCCGGAACUCCAGCUCAACCAGGAAUACCGGGAACUCCGGGCCAGCCAGGCAAACCAGGAUCUCCAAGUCAGCCAGGUACACCAGGGACACCUGGCUACCCAGGAUACCCAGGAACUACAGCUCAGCCGGGUACUCCGGGGACACCUGGCCAUCCGGGAUACCCAGGCACACCAGCUCAACCUGGCUACCCAGGGACACCGGCCCACCCAGGAUAUCCUGGAACUCCAGGUCAAGGAGGAAAACCAGGAACUCCGGGCCAACCAGGCAAACCCGGAACUCCAGGUCUGCCGGGUACUCCAGGGACACCUGGCUAUCCUGGAUACCCAGGCACACCAGUUCAACCUGGCUACCCAGGCACACCGGCCCACCCAGGAUAUCCUGGAACUUCGGGCCAGCCUGACGAACCCGGAACUCCAGGUCAGCCAGGUACGCCAGGGACACCUGGCUACCCUGGAUACCCAGGAACACCAGCUGAACCAGGAAAACCAGGAUUCCCAGCCCAACCAGGCAAACCCGGAACUCCAGCUCAACCAGGGAAACCGGGAACUCCGGGCCAGCCAGGCAAACCAGGAUCUCCAAGUCAGCCAGGUACACCAGGGACACCUGGCUACCCAGGAUACCCAGGAACUCCAGCUCAGCCGGGUACUCCGGGGACACCUGGCCAUCCGGGAUACCCAGGCACACCAGUUCAACCUGGCUACCCAGGAACACCGGCGCACCCAGGAUAUCCUGGAACUCCAGGUCAACCAGGCUACCCAGGCACACCAGCUCAACCCGGCUACCCAGGAACACCGGCCCGCCCAGGAUAUCCUGGAACUCCAGGUCAAGCAGGAAAACCAGGAACUCCGGGCCAGCCAGGCAAACCCGGAACUCCAGGUCUGCCGGAUACUCCGGGGACACCUGGCUACCCAGGAUACCCAGGAACUCCAGCUCAGCCGGGUACUCCGGGGACACCUGGCCAUCCGGGAUACCCAGGCACACCAGUUCAACCUGGCUACCCAGGAACACCAGCGCACCCAGGAUAUCCUGGAACUCCAAGUCAACCAGGAAAACCAGGAACUUCGGGCCAGCCAGGCAAACCCGGAACUCCAGGUCAGCCAGGUAUACCAGGGACACCUGGCUAUCCUGGAUACCCAGGCACUCCAGGUCAACCAGGAAACCCAGGAUCUCCAGGUCAGCCAGGUACACCAGGGACACCUGGCUACCCUGGAUACCCAGGAACACCAGCUGAACCAGGAAAACCAGGAUUCCCAGCCCAACCAGGCAAACCCGGAACUCCAGCUCAACCAGGGAAACCGGGAACUCCGGGCCAGCCAGGCAAACCAGGAUCUCCAAGUCAGCCAGGUACACCAGGGACACCUGGCUACCCAGGAUACCCAGGAACUCCAGCUCAGCCGGGUACUCCGGGGACACCUGGCCAUCCGGGAUACCCAGGCACACCAGUUCAACCUGGCUACCCAGGAACACCGGCCCACCCAGGAUAUCCUGGAACUCCAGGUCAAGCAGGAAAACCAGGAACUCCGGGCCAACCAGGCAAACCCGGAACUCCAGGUCUGCCGGGUACUCCGGGGACACCUGGCUAUCCUGGAUACCCAGGCACACCAGUUCAACCUGGCUACCCAGGCACACCGGCCUACCCAGGAUAUCCUGGAACUUCGGGCCAGCCUGACGAACCCGGAACUCCAGGUCAGCCAGGUACACCAGGGACACCUGGCUACCCCGGAUACCCAGGAACACCAGCUGAACCAGGAAAACCAGGAACCCCAGCCCAACCAAGCAAACCAGGAACUCCAGCUCAGCCGGGUACUCCGGGGACACCUGGCUAUCCGGGAUACCCAGGCACACCAGCUCAACCUGGCUACCCAGGAACACCGGCCCACCCAGGAUAUCCUGGAACUCCAGGUCAAGCAGGAAAACCAGGAACUCCGGGCCAACCAGGCAAACCCGGAACUCCAGGUCAGCCAGGUACACCAGGGACACCUGGCUAUCCUGGAUACCCAGGCACUCCAGGUCAACCAGGAAAACCAGGAACUCCAGCUCAGCCGGGUGCUCCGGGGACACCUGGUUAUCCUGGAUACCCAGGCACACCAGUUCAACCUGGCUACCCAGGAACACCGGCGCACCCAGGAUAUCCUGGAACUCCAGGUCAACCAGGCUACCCAGGCACACCAGCUCAACCCGGCUACCCAGGAACACCGGCCCGCCCAGGAUAUCCUGGAACUCCAGGUCAAGCAGGAAAACCAGGAACUUCGGGCCAGCCAGGCAAACCCGGAACUCCAGCUCAGCCAGGUAUACCAGGGACACCUGGCUAUCCUGGAUACCCAGGCACUCCAAGUCAACCAGAAAACCCAGGAUCUCCAGGUCAGCCAGGUACACCAGGGACACCUGACUACCCAGGAUACCCAGGAACACCAGCUCAACCAGGAAAACCAGGAACCCCAGCUCAACCAAGCAAACCAGGAACUCCAGCUCAGCCGGGUACUCCGGGGACACCUGGCUAUCCUGGAUACCCAGGCAUACCAGUUCAACCUGGCUACCCAGGAACACCAGCGCACCCAGGAUAUCCUGGAACUCCAAGUCAACCAGGAAAACCAGGAACUUCGGGCCAGCCAGGCAAACCCGGAACUCCAGGUCAGCCAGGUAUACCAGGGACACCUGGCUAUCCUGGAUACCCAGGCACUCCAGGUCAACCAGGAAACCCAGGAUCUCCAGGUCAGCCAGGUACACCAGGGACACCUGACUACCCAGGAUACCCAGGAACACCAGCUCAACCAGGAAAACCAGGAACCCCAGCUCAACCAAGCAAACCAGGAACUCCAGCUCAGCCGGGUACUCCGGGGACACCUGGCUAUCCUGGAUACCCAGGCACACCAGUUCAACCUGGCUACCCAGGAUCACCGGCGCACCCAGGAUAUCCUGCAACUCCAGGUCAACCAGGAAAACCAGGAACUCCGGGCCAGCCAGGCAAACCAGGAUCUCCAGGUCAGCCAGGUACACCAGGAACACCUGGUUAUCCUGGAUAUCCGGGCACUCCAGGUCAACCAGGAAAACCAGGAUCUCCAGGUCAGCCAGGUACACCAGGGACACCUGGCUACCCAGGAUACCCAGGAACACCAGCUCAACCAGGAAAACCAGGAACCCCAGCUCAACCAAGCAAACCAGGAACUCCAGCUCAGCCGGGUACUCCGGGGACACCUGGCUAUCCUGGAUACCCAGGCACACCAGUUCAACCUGGCUACCCAGGAACACCGGCGCACCCAGGAUAUCCUGGAACUCCAGGUCAACCAGGCUACCCAGGCAAACCAGCUCAACCUGGCUACCCAGGAACACCGGCCCGCCCAGGAUAUCCUGGAACUCCAGGUCAAGCAGGAAAACCAGGAACUCCGGGCCAGCCAGGCAAACCCGGAACUCCAGGUCUGCCGGGUACUCCGGGGACACCUGGCUAUCCUGGAUACCCAGGCACACCAGUUCAACCUAGCUACCCAGGAAUACCGGCGCACCCAGGAUAUCCUGGAACUCCAGGUCAACCAGGCUACCCAGGAACGCCAGCACAACCAGGCUAUCCAGGCACUCCGGAACAACCUGGAUAUCCUGGAACCCCGGGUCACCCCGGAUAUCCAGGAACCCCAGGGCAUCCUGACAAACCAGGCAAGCCCGAUCAGCCGGGACAUCCGGGAGCUCCAGGUUACCCCGGGUACCCAGGGGUACCAGCCAGGCCUUGUCCCGCUAAUCCAUGUUCCGUUAAUAAGCCCGGGUCCGGAAACACUUCAUAUCCCGGAGCUCCCGACGGCCCUCCUGGAGGGACUGGCCCCACUGGCAUUUAUCCUGGUUACCCUGGUGCACCUGAAGGACCCGAAGGACCGACAGGUCCCAUUGGUGGAAUAGGACCUGUUGGUGGUGUCGGCGGUGUUGGCGGAGUAGGAGGAGUCGGGGGCGUCGGACCAGAUGGCCCUGACGGCCCGUGGCCUACCGGCUCACCCGGACCCGACGGCCCUUGGCCUGGUGAUCCCGGUUACGUACCUCCCCAUAAUUCGGCACGUCGACGACCAUCCGAUGAUCAAAUCGGAAAUCAUCAUAAUGGACCUAAAUUCCCGGUCGUCCCAUUACCUCGGUCUCAGUCGGUGGAUUCAAAUGAAAAUGUUGGUUUUACACGAAAUUAUAACGAUUAUGAUACUAUAAAUGAAUUCAUAGAUCGCGACGUUCAUAGCCAUGCUGUAGUAGAUUCCACUAAAAAUAUUUUCACGACCACUCUAGACAGAUUUGAUAUUCUUAACAAAAAUACAAUACAAAAUCACGAUGAUCAGGAAAUCAACUACAAUUUUCCUGAACGAAUCAAUGGGUCAGAAAAUACAUUAAAACAAAAGAAAGAAAAAUCGGGACGAACGGGAGAGAUCGGGACUCCGAACGGGGUCAUUGUUACUAGUUUUGUCAAUAAUAAUGCAAUAAGCAGUUCUCAUAACAUAAGAAAAAGUAGCGAAAAUAUUUUCUCAAAUGUUAACACUCUUUCACAAAAUGAUUAUGCAAAUAUCAAAACCAAGCAUAAAUUGAUGAUUGAUUCUAACGUUUCUAUGGAAUCUGGACCGCAGCACUCAAUUUCUUUUCCAAUUACAGAUAUAAAACACCGAGUUGACCCUAACGGUCUAGGUACUCGUUCGGAAUCCUAUCCAGAAAAAUCGAUAUCACACUCAAAAGUAAAAGAUCUGCCACCAGCCUCAAAUCUUGGAUUCACGGCCAUCGGUGUUCAUCCACCUGGUCCCAUCAAUAUUAAGCCUAUAUCGCUUCCUGUCGGUCCGGAUCCACUAACAUGUCCUUGCGUUCUAGUGGAAAGCAACAACAAAACUAAGACCCAAACUAGUUUGCUACAAAAUUCUGUUGUCAGUGGUCAGCUCGGAUUUAUUCCCAUUAUUUUUGUGCCAUACUGCCCCGGUGAAAAAUUGCACAGUGAAAACAUGAUGAAAACCAUGUUCCCUUUGGCUACACCUGUCCCCUAUCCGUGCAGUAUUUGUAGCCAACAUGAAGCUCCUACUCGAAAUCAACUUGCCGACAUUUAUCACCUGAAUAGUCAGAUUAAACAAGUUUUAGGAAAUGCCAAUCUUGGAUUUCUAAAUAUUUCGGAACGCUGAAAUAUGAAUGAAUAUUCGAGUUACAAAAAGAUUUUGAAUAUUACAUGAGUAGAGCUUCAAGUUUGUGUUUCUUUCAAAAUCGCGUUCAGCCAUCGUGAAAUGCAGACAUUUCAACCGUUGAUAUCAUAAUAUGAAGGAAAAAACGAAAAACUAUGCCCCCAGCGUGAUCUCAAGAAAACUGAUCCACCAGCUGCUGGCUAGCUAACGGUGGUCGAGGUACGGAAUGGCCUAAUAUCGGUGUUAUCUGACAUUAUUUAUGUAUAUAUUUCAAUGUUAAUUCUCAAAAGACUUAACGGUAUUAUUUAUCUUCUCAUACCAGAGCUUUGGUCCGCGAUCAGUCACUCAGGGCGAAUUUUCAAUUUCUUUACGUUCAAUCAUGGCUCUUAGAAAUUGAGAACGCACCGUUUCAAUUCAGACCAACUUAAGGAGGGUGGCUACGUUCGUCAAAUUGAUAAGAAAUUGAUCAAAUUUGGUGAUAAUGUUCUUCAACAUCAAGUGCGAAGACACAAUUUUUUUCAAAAUUUUCUUCUGCUUAGUCAUCGA